UAAGAAGGCUAAAUUUAUUAUGCGACAUUUUACAAGUAUAAUUCAGCUUACCCUUGGUAAUAAAUGAGAUAUCAGCUCCCCUGAGACAAGAGAACCAGUCCCUGUAUUUUCCAGGCAUGGCCCCAGCCAGAUUCCAUUUUAGAGACGGGAAAUGGCCAUAUCUUUGAUUAAAAGGGAACCUUUAAUCAAAUAAAGUGCAUCAUCAAGCAAGAGCCAAGAUUCCAAUACUCUUGACUACAGCACAGCAAUAAUCCAAAAUCAAAUCCCCACCACACACACAACCCAUUACCACUUGGUGUAAACGUGAUAUCCAUCACAAGUAGGGAGAAUGUCCUUCAGCAUUUUUAUUCUUAUCCUUAGAUUCAUUUCUCUUCUCUCCCUCCCCAACCCCAGGUAUGCUUUUAUACGUUCUUAAAAUCUCCUCCUCAGCCUGAUCCCCUUGGGUAUUUCUGUGGACGCUCCAGUCUAAAUUCUUUGUCCAAAGAGCAGUGUUUCCAAGGGAAACAACUGACAUGGACUGUGCAUCCAGGAGUAACUGCAAUGGCCUUUAAGUACCUUAGGAGCAACUAGUUUUCCUCCUGGCUGCUUUCUUUUCAUUCUGUGAAAAUAGUCAUUUUGACUAAUGUUACAUCAUUCUCAGGGUCUCUGUUUGGGAUCUUUGUCCCUAAUGUGAGUGUUAUUGGAUAAAAUAAAAUAAAUAAAUAACAGCAACAGUGAAAGUGUAUAAUUUUACAUUGCUUUUGCUUCUCCAUUUCUGUAUAUGCACAAUUACAUCUGUAUACCUCUGUCUCCAUACAGACACUCAUCUUAAGAGUCUUUCUGGUCAUCUAGACUGUUUUGUUUCAAUAGUGCAAGACACAGCAACUGACAGAAUGAAUGACUUUCUCUUAUGGCCUCUGAAGCCCAGCAGAGUGCAAUGCAAGCAAAUGAAGGAGUCUUGCAUUCCAUAUCAAUGAAGAAACCAUUUUUCAUUCAAUUGAGAGGUCUGAUUAUUUUAAACAGCAUUUGCAGAACUAUCUCCUUGGAUUAGUCUACACAUAAUUCUGCUAUAUGGAAUGUUUAUUUAUUUACUGUAUGCUCCCAACUCCACAGGGCACAAUGGGGAGCAAGGGCUCUGCUACAAGGAGUAUAUAGUUGAAGUCAUAAUUCUGAUUGUAUUUGUUUUAAAACCUAAUCUAAAAUGUCUGAAAUCCAUAUAUUUGAAUAUAUUUCAUUUUUCUGGGUAUUUAUCAAACUGGUAAUGUGUUAUACACAGCAUUCAAAAAAGACUUUGCAGCCUUAGUAUCUCCACUUCACUGAUUAAAAAUUCAGGAAAUGUACACAUCUAAUAUAUUUUUCCUAAUUUAUUCUGUUGUUUUAGUUUUUGCAUUUCUUUCAUUUUAGGGGGUGAAAACAGACUAGUCAGUUUCAUAUUGCUCCUGGGUUAAUUUCACUUCCCUGGUCUUCUAAAUUAGCACAAGGCUGUACUGUUUAUGCUGUACACACUGCAGGAGAAUGUUUAAAAUCCAAACAAACUUUUCUGAAUUUUAAAAGAGUCAUGAAAUUGUUUCUCUUGGCUUUAAUUUUCCAAAGGUCUUGUUCUUAAUAUCUAAACUCAAACUAUCCCUGACAGUGUCCCUUUCAUGGACGGGCAACCCAGAAAGUUACCUGUUUUAGGGGCUCCAGGGUCAAGCGCCAUUUCAGUUAUUUUCUCCUACUAUUCAGGCUAGACUUAAUGCCAUCUGAAACAGACUUUUAAUGUAGAAAGUUAAUCCUCUUUUAGUUGUUAUUUGAAUGUAGAGUAUUUCUAUGUUUUCCAUUUCAGCAAAACUAAAUUGCUCAAAGGAUAAUCUAAUAAGAACUAGGGGCGAGGGGAUUUACAAAGCGUGACACAAAUUGUUCAGAAAGUGCCUCCCAAAUGUCCUUCUGUACCUAACUCAGGGGUGGGGACGUACCGCGUAUGGUUAAUUUAUAACCCUUUUAGCCAUUCUCGCUUAUACUAAAAGGAGUAUCAAGAGAAGGCAGAGCCUGCAUGAAGCAUUGCCAGGGGUAUCAUUCGCUCCUAUUUGAAAAGGCAGAGUGUCAAGACAAGCUCCUUAGGUAUGUUGUUGUGGGUGUGAGGGAGUAGAAACUGUGUGUGAAUGUGCCAAUUCUCAAUCGCAAUGCCCUCUCCUGUCGUAAGUUACACCAACAUGUGGCGCCUAAGAGAUCAAGUUAAUUCUUCCGGCAAAAUGACAACAAAAGUCACGGCGAUCUAACAGGCGGCACAAAGCUGAGGGGGACAUCGUUUUACAGACGAAACAGCACAGGGUCCAAAGAGUUAAUCCCCUGCUCCCUAGCACCGUGUCUGAAAACCGAACGGAAUCAGCGCUGCUGGAGACUGGACUGAGCCUAAGAGCAUCUCUCCUAAGCAAAGGCAGUUUCAGUCUGGCCAUCUGAGCAUUUCACCUGCUGCCCCUCGGGGGAAGCAGCACUAAUGAAAACUCCAUGAACAAACGCAAGCCCUGUUUGGAGAAAGACUGCUGACAUUUUAGGGACAGGAUCAGUGGGAUCUUAGGUUCUGCUUCUUCCUUCUCCUGUACCUCAGGCACAGAGGACCCUGUCAAAGAAAUGAUUCAGAAAUGGGCUUAUUUAGAUGACGAAAUGCCAUACUCCUCAAGCAAAGGGAACGUGGCAUCCCCCCAGCCCUCCCGCUCCGCCCAAAUGUUCGCGAUUGGGGUUGGGGAUUUUAGCGUGUGCGGUUUGAAAGUCUCCGCUGGUCUCUACGGGGACGGAUAAAACGGGAGAUAAAACAGAGUCUAUUCUUCUCCACAGGGUCUGUGCCCUGUUUGUUGCUCUCCUGUGGGGAUCUGAACCCACCUCCCCUCUUUCUUCCUUUGGGUUUGGAAUAAACUAAAGGAAUCCUUCAUUUAAAUUGCCCAAGAAGUGCCCCCGAGGCAGGUCUAGCUCGCGGAGUGCAGUGAACGAUCAGAUUUAGCCACACUCGCUUACACUUUACACGGCCCUGCUGCUAGAUCUGGUUCGCCUUACAACUGGGCUAGUGCUGCGUCUUGCACGGUCCCGUCCCAAAAACUUCCUUGCGGAUUCUGUGGCUUCAGGGCGUAGCAGCGCCGCGCCGCCUCCCUCUCUCGUGGGCGCUGUGCUGGUCCCCGAGCCGGGGGGGGACUCCAUGCGGAGGGGCUGCGCUCGGGGCACGGCUCUCUCCUCGGUAAUUGGCUACGGCUCCUCCAUGUGUCACAUUAGCAUACCGAGACGCAGCUGGCAAAGUAACCACUUGGGGGCCAACGCGGACUGUGCGUCAGAGCCCUGGCUGGGGAGGGGAAACGGGAUUAUUUGGGGGGAAGAAAAAAAAAAUAAGAGUAAGCCUCGAGAAGCAUGCAACUCGAUUUGCGCCGAUGGCCCCCAAAGCCGGCAUGCCUGCGCGGGGCUGAGGGCACAGCUUCCACGGGCUGGCUCGCGAGCGAUGGGACUGAGCCCUGGGGGCACCCGGCUCUCCGCCGCCUUCUGAGCUGGGGAGCGGGGGCGCUGGGGGCGCUCUUGCGGCUGGCCAGCCCUUCCCGUCCGCCUCGCAGCCUUGGCAGAGACGGUCGCUGCGGACUGGGAGUGAGCUCCGGCCAAAGCCAAGCGAAGUAAGCGGGCGCGUUGGCAGCCCGUCCGUCAAGGAGAGGCGAGGCAAAGGGGAAGCAGCUGCCAACGCGCGUCUGGAGCCCGCGCCACAGCGUGAGCCGCCCUGCCGGCUUCCCUGAAGAGUGAAAGGCGGCCGGGCAUGUGAGGAGCAGACGAGCAACAGCGCAGGGCAAAGCAGAGCCAGGGGCAGAGGAAGCAGGGCAGGACUGGAGGAGGUGUGUCUGGAGGGAGCCGUAUCGCCCAGGAAGAAGGCGGCAAGAGGGAAAGGCCGGAGGAGGGGUGUGUGGAGAAGAAGACCGGAGCUUCAGCCUUCUCUGUCCUCAGAGUGAUUCUCCCCCCGCGGCCCCCCAUGCACAGAUAGCGAAGCACCCGCGCAGCGGAGAAGCUGAAGUUUGAGGAGGGCAGCGGCUGUGUUGCCGGGCGCAGGACGGGGUGUCCCCCGGAUCGGAGGAUGGCGACCGAGGGGGGAGCCGGGCUGGCCAAGUCCGCCGUGGAGAAGCUGUCCUAUGCCAUGGGCGAGAAGACCAAGCAGCUGGGCACGGCCAUGCAGGACGUGCACCGGCAGCGGCGGCUGAUCCUGGUCAUCGUGUGCGUGGCCCUCUUCCUGGAUAACAUGCUCUACAUGGUGAUCGUGCCCAUCAUGCCGAGCUACCUCACCAAGUGGGAGGCCCGGGAGAGCAACGCCAGCGGGGCCAACGCCAGCUGGGCCAAGUCCGUGCUGGGGCCCGGGUACCCCCCGGAGAACGAGGACAUCAAGAUCGGGCUGCUGUUCGCCUCCAAGGCCAUCCUGCAGCUGCUGGUGAACCCGCUGAGCGGCACCUUCAUCGACCGCGUGGGCUACGACAUCCCGCUGCUGAUCGGCCUCACCGUCAUGUUCCUCUCCACCAUCAUCUUCGCCCUGGCCGAGAACUACGCCACCCUCUUCGCCGCCCGCAGCCUGCAGGGGCUGGGCUCGGCCUUCGCCGACACCUCCGGCAUCGCCAUGAUCGCCGACAAGUACACCGAGGAGUCGGAGCGCAGCCGGGCCCUGGGCAUCGCCCUGGCCUUCAUCUCCUUCGGCAGCCUGGUGGCGCCCCCUUUCGGCGGCAUCCUCCACCAGUUCGCCGGCAGGCGGGUGCCCUUCCUGGUGCUGGCCUGCGUCUGCCUGCUGGACUGCCUGCUGCUGCUCACCGUCAUCAAGCCCUUCGGCAGCCGGGCUCGGGAGAACAUGCCCGUGGGCACCCCCAUCCAGAGGCUCAUGAUCGACCCCUACAUCGCCGUGGUGGCCGGCGCACUCACCACGUGCAACAUCCCCCUGGCCUUCCUCGAACCCACCAUCGCCACGUGGAUGAAAAAGACCAUGGGCGCCUCGGAGUGGGAGAUGGGGGUCACGUGGCUCCCCGCCUUCUUCCCCCAUGUGCUGGGCGUCUACAUCACCGUCAAACUGGCCGCCAAGUACCCGCACCUGCAGUGGUUCUAUGGGGCCCUGGGCAUGGUCAUCAUCGGCGCCAGCUCGUGCACAGUGCCCGCCUGCCGGAACUUCGGGCAGCUCAUCGUCCCGCUCUGCGGCAUUUGCUUCGGGAUCGCCCUGGUGGACACGGCCCUGCUGCCCACGCUUGCCUUCCUCGUGGACGUGCGCCACGUCUCCGUCUACGGCAGCGUCUAUGCCAUAGCGGAUAUCUCCUACUCCCUGGCGUAUGCCCUGGGGCCCAUCGUCGCCAGCCAGAUCGUGCACUCGCUAGGUUUCGUGCAGCUGAACCUGGGCAUGGGGCUUGCCAACGUGCUUUACGCCCCGGUCCUCCUGUUCCUCAGAAACGUCUGCCAAAUGAAAGCCUCUCACUCCGAGAGGAACAUCCUGCUGGAGGAAGGACCCAAAGGACUCUAUGACACCAUCAAAAUGGAGGAGCGCAAAGGCAAGGGGAAAACCCCCCAUCCAACAGGGGGGAUGCAAGGAAACAGCGUGGACUCUUACCACAGAGACCUGACAGGGUCCUUGGAGGAGGACUCUUCAGACUAUGAAUACAGUUAGACUACACGGAGCUGGCAGAACAAGGGUUAAAAUGGGGGGGGGGGGUGAAAGCAUUAUUGCCAUCUGUUUAUGUACCAAUGUGCACUAUAUACAAUUUAACCUUUAUCAUGCUGUAAUGUCUUCUCGACUUGUUUUAAGUUGGUAUUUCCUUAGACACUGGCAAGGGAAAAGCACGAAGAAGACUAAUCUAAUGAUGCAUUUACAUAAAUCUGUGGUGGUCCUUCCAAAAACUUUUAGCUGAGGUCUCUUGUACAAAAGUUUUCUCGAGUUGAAACGCUGUGUGUGACAUACUGUAUAUCUCUGUAAAAAUACAUUAAAAGGGAGGGAAGUCUGUAAUAAAAUUCAGAUUGCAUAUUCAGGGACUUAAAUUUACUAACUCUUGUAUAUAUGUACUGACACUUUCACUUGGUUUCAUAUUUAACAACAGCAACAAAAAUCACAUCGUAUUAUUUCUUCUUUGGGAACCAGCUGAAGCGCUGUAAUCAUUUUUUCUGUUGUGCUGCUACUUGGUAAAUGCAAUAUACUGUAUCAUGUGUAAGUCCAAAUCUACAAGGAUAAUAUGAUCUGAAUAAAUGAAGUUUGAGGGGUCCAUGGUCUUUCUUUCAUUGUUUUUGAACGCAAGGAUAUUACUCUAACAAAUGUCAAGAAGUUCCCUAUAACAUCAGCCUCGUUUAUUUCUUAAGACCUAUUCAAUAAAUUCAAAUAAAUUCCCUGGGGUGGAAUCUCAGAAUUCAAAGAUUGACAAUGUAAAAAUGUUCCGACAGAAAAUGUGUACUGAAUUGCAAACAGGGCAUCAAACUCCGCUGGUACACUGUCUUGGUAUUAAGGUAUUGGUUUAUUUUUUAAACACAGCACUUUUUCA